AAAGAUAACUCUAUACUGUUGUUAUGGCAACAGUAACAACGCUAAAAACGCAGCGGAAGUAGUCAACCAUAACGAUUUGCUGAAAAAAGAAAAGGAGAAUUUAAGAAAAAUGGAACUUGCAAACACUUUUGGGGUUGAUGAUAACCUAAACUUAGAGGUGCUUGAUUUGACUAAUUCCAGUAUACCGAAAGAUAUUGACUCACCUUCAGUCAACAAGGAUCAAAUACGAGGUUUGAAAGAUGAAAAUGGGAGGCUCAGUCAAUUGCUAAGGGAAAAAGAAUUUGAAAUACGACAACUUCAGAAAGGACUUUCAACACAGAAUGAUAACAUAAAAUUGCCAGAGAUUACAAAUGAUACUGCAGCUAUGAAAAUUGUUGAACUCUCCAAGAAACUGCGCAAAGCAGUGGCAGAUCUGGAGGUUGAGAAAACAAAAUCAAGAUGUUUAGCAAAAAAGUAUGAAGAACUGAAGCAAGAGGGAAAAGAUACUACACAGGAACCCAAAGAUAUAACUGAUCUUGAAGAAGAAAUCAAACAGUUGCAAGGGAAACAAAAACAAAUGGAGAGUAAGAUGAAUGAAUGGAGAAACCAGUGUCAAGUUUUGAAGCAAGAACUGAAGUUGGCUAACAAAGUUAUUAGUCAAGAGGUUGGAGAAGGGGCAAAUAUUCAUGCUUUGCUUUCUGAAAGUUCUUCAUGGAAAGGACGAGCACAGCAAAAUCUCACUCUACAGCAAAAGGUUUCUGAGUUGAAGCAGCAACUGAAACAAUAUCAAAAUAAAACCACAAACAAAAAUAAUCCUGACAGUAAAAGCAAUGUCAGUGAAGCCAGUAUUUCUGAACAAAGCAGCAGUAACCAGGCAUUGAGGCAAUUAAUUAAAAGCAGAAAGGAGAAUCAGGAAAAAAUGGAAACAGAGUUAAAAAAUGCCCAUGAAAACUAUGCUAAUUUAAAAACAAAAUGUGAUUGUUUAAAAGCCAGAAAUCAGAUUUUAUCUAAUGAAACGAAAGUAAAUAAGCAGCAGAUCCAAGUCCUGUUAGAGAAAGGAAAACGAGAUGAAGAACUCAUUGAGACGUUAAUGAAUCAGCAUGGUCGCAUGAAAGAGAUGAUUGAAAAUAACAUUUGUAUCUCAAAGCCAGAAUCAGUACAUCAGCAGAUGGGUGAGAUGGUUGUGAAAAAACAGAACAAUGAUAAUUUUGUGAACCAGUUAAAGAUGAUUAUAGAGGAAAAAGAUAAAAAGUUGAAACACCUUGAAAACCAAAUUAACCAGUCAUUAUUUCAAGAAUGUCCCAAUUGUAAUAUAACCUUUGAGAAUGCCACUUGUGGUUCUGUGAUAAUAAAUACUGGUGAAAAUUGUAAUGGGGAUUUCUCUCAAAUGUCAGAGGCAACGUCAAUACAAAGUGAUAUUAACAACCAAGAUUUUUAACAAAUAUUACACACACACACGCACACACACACACACACACACACAUGCACACACACAUGCACACACACAUGCACACACACACACACACACACACACAUGUAUAUAUGCAUAUAUUUAUAUAUGCAUAUAUUUAUAUAUGUGUGUGUGUAUAUAACUCCGUGUGUGUGAGUGAAAUAUAUAUAUUGUUUCCAAACUCACAAGUUAAAAAAUAACAAAAGCAAACAUAGUUUUCUGAUUUUACUUGAGGAGUAUUGUAGUAAAAUCUGUCAUAAAAGUAUUGUUAUUUCAGUAAAAGAGAGUGAUGGAAAUUUGGAAGCAAAGACUUUUUCUGUGGAAAUGGUAGACUAAUAUGAAGCAUAUACCAUACUUGUAGUGCUACACAGAAAUGAAGUAUGGUUACUGAAUGUGGGAACUGCUCUGAGGCUGGUGAAAAAUGCGACAUGCAGGCACCAUUGGACAUUUUAUGUUAAAACUUAUGGAAGGCAGAUCACAGGGAGGAGCUAGGAAGACAGCUGGGAUUUAAAGAUAUCAUAGGUGCAGACAUGGUAUAGGCAUUGAUGUGGCUGUAUAGUAAGAAUUUUACUUUCUUACCACAUGGUUUCAGGUUCAGUCCCACAAUAUGGCACCUUGAGAAAGUAGCUUCUACUAUAGCCCUGGGUUAACUAUUACAUGUCAUUGCUAUAUUGACUUCAAUAUUUGUAUUAUGUAGGCAAUACAAUAAAUCAAAGAAAGCAAAGUAUAAAUUGACAGUACAUACAAUUUAAACAUUAGAAGCAGUUCAUGUGUUUUUAUUGAUAGAAUUCCCCACCAGCCUGUCAGAUAUAACAUAUCUGUUUUGUAGCUUUUCUGUUUGGCUGCACAUUUUGUAAUUUUAAAAUUAAGUAAAAAUUUUCAAAUUU